AUGGGUUGCCUGUGUCCCGGGCAUAAAGCACAGGUAACCCAUACCUAUUUCCUGUUCACAAACAAUGAUAUCGUUCGUUUGGCCAACUUGUCUGAUGCAGGCAGCAUAUAUCGCAUCCAUACUUCAGCCAUCAGAGAAAUUUGCUCGAAAUGUUAUAAGGAAGAAGAGGUUGAGCAUUGGAUUGAACGGCAAAGCGAAAAUCGCUAUGUUGAUUUUAUAGAAAAAGGUGACAUUUUGGUGGCUGAAGAUGGAGAGGGUAGAGUACUAGGAUUUGGACAUUUGUCCGACAACGAGGAAGAAUGUUCAAGAGGAAAUUCGACUACUGAUAUGAAACAAGAUGGAUGGAAAUUUGGAGUUAUACGAGCACUUUAUGUUCACCCAGACCAUGUAAAACAGAAAGUGGGACAAACUUUACUAAAAUGCAUGGAAGACAAGACCAAAGAAAAGCAUGCAAAAGAACUAGUUGUAUAUUCCACUGUGAAUGCUAUAUCUUUCUAUGAGAGGUUUGGGUUUAGACUUGUAGGUAAAACAAAACAGUGUGGCCAAGGAGUUAAUUUACAGUGCACAAAACUGUUGAAAAAAAUAGCUUAAAUUAGUUGAAAUUUUAUUUUGAGUAGAAACAAAGCCUGGUUGUUGUUUAAACUCAUUAUUUAAUUACAUGGUGAGGACAAAAGUAAACAACUAUCAUAUUUAAUACCGUAGGCUGGAUAUGUAUUUUCAAUUAGAAUUAAAUCUGCCUUGGGGAGGGGUGAGGUGGGUGAGGGAAUUUGCCUGUUGAGUGGGGGGAGGGGGAGUUGGGUGUCAUACUCUUUAGGGUAAAAAUCAGGAAUAUUGUAUCAGGGUGUUCAGCCAUCAAAAUGCAGAAUUUUUGCAUUUCUUUGUAUCUUUCAAGGGCCAAAGAACAUCCAUUCUCACCCUUUUUACAGUGCAACUACUAUAACUGGGGCCUCUUAGACAGCAAGAACCAAUCAAAUUGUAGAAUAAAAACAAUACAUUCCAAAGUUGCGUAGUGGAGCCAAUCAGAAAGCAGCGAAAAGCAAUAGCCUUUUGACAUAUCUGUUUACUCCCACAAGAAAAUGUUCAGACUUCUGGUAUCUUUUAGGGAUAUUUUGCAAUGAAAAGUUACCUUGAAUAAAGAUAUAGAUUAAAAGAA